GUGCCUUUGGUCGCGUGGGUUGCCGGUAGAAUUUCUGGCCAUCCAGCGACGAGGCUGCUGCCGUCCGGAAGCUGCCGCUGAAAGCGGGAUCUUGAGAGUCGCCCCGUUGCGGGGCUCGUCAGAUGGAAACGCCGGAUAUCUUGGAAGGACUCCGGUCCCGGUUGUUCCCUGGCCGCGCAAGGCGGCUCCCGCGGCGUUUUGCUUGGGGGUUUCCUACGACUGUGCUGUGUGGCUACGGUUUCUUUGCCAACUUGCGACCGUCGGAACCUUUUCUCACACCUUACUUGUUGGGACCGGACAAGAACCUCACCGAGACCCAGGUCUUCAAUGAAAUUUAUCCAGUAUGGACGUACUCUUAUUUAGUGCUGCUGUUCCCAGUCUUCUUGGCAACCGAUUAUCUCAGAUACAAGCCUGUCAUCCUUCUACAAGGACUAAGCCUUAUAGUAACAUGGUUUAUGCUUCUUUACUCCCAAGGAAUUCUAGCUGUUCAGUUCCUGGAAUUCUUUUAUGGAUUAGUGACUGCAACAGAAAUUGCUUACUACUCUUAUAUUUAUAGUGUUGUGGACUUGAACUUGUACCAGAAAGUCACAAGCUACUGUCGAAGUGCUGCCCUUGUGGGCUAUACUGUGGGCUCUGUCUGUGGACAAGUCCUAGUGUCUGUUGCAGGCUGGUCCCUGUUCAGUUUGAAUGUGGUGUCACUUACUUCUGUAUCUGUUGCCUUUGCAAUAGCUUGGUCUCUGCCCAUGCCACAGAAAAGCUUUUUUUUCCACCAUCACUCAAGCCUCCAGGUCAGCAAGGAGAUGAAAGUUUUAAAUUAUAAAAACGGAACAAUUAUCCAACACGAUCCUGCCUUAAAGAAGGUUCCUGGGUUGGAAGAUGUGGAAUUGAAGAUUCCAUUAAAUAUAGAAGAGUGUCCUGCAGAGGAGCAAGAGCAAAAGGUGAACAUUAUAAAGGUAAUCAAGGAACUCUGGCAGGACAUCUUACAGUGUUACUCUUCCUGGCCUCUGGUUUGCUGGUCUAUAUGGUGGGCUCUGUCAACAUGUGGCUAUUUCCAGGUCAUCAAUUAUAUUCAAGGCAUGUGGGAAACCGUGCUGCCUUCUCAGACCUCUGAGAUCUAUAAUGGUGCUGUGGAAGCAGUUUCCACAUUGUUGGGUGCUGUGGCUGUAUUUGCUGUGGGACACAUAAAAAUGUCUUUUCUUACUUGGGGUGAAAUAGUCUUAGCUAUGUUUUCCCUCUUCAUUGCUGCAGCUGUGUAUAUUAUGGACACUAUUCAUAACAUUUGGGUGUGCUAUGCUUCCUACAUGGCAUUUCGAAUUGUCUAUAUGCUGCUCAUUACUAUUGCAACGUUCCAGAUUGCUGCAAAUCUAAGUGUAGAGCGCUAUGCUCUUGUAUUUGGUAUUAAUACUUUUAUUGCACUGGCAUUGCAGACAGUACUCACAUUGAUAGUUGUUGAUGCAAAAGGUCUUGGCCUUGACAUAAUUACACAGUUCAGGAUCUAUGCUGGCUAUUUUGCUGUCAUAGCAGUAUUGUUCCUGAUAAGUGGCACAUACAGUAUUAUCAAGAAUUUCUGGAGAAAGGAAAGGAGAAGAAAUGAUGCGGUUGCAGAUGAUGCUUAAAAUACAAAGUAUGAACUGAUUUGAUAUCUAGUGGGGCAAACCUAUUUUUAAAUAUGAUGGCUCAUAUUUAUGCAACUAUUGUUACUUUAAAACCACUAUCUAUUGUAUUUGACUCUAGUUGUACUAUAUUAGUAGCAUAUGUUAGUAGAAUACAUUCAUCUUAUAUAAGUAAGAAUGCUGUAUUUAACAACAUAGCAUCAACGUGCCUUUUGUAGACAAAGUCUACAUGGGGAAAUUUUUUUUUCUGUUUUUUUUUCUUUAGCCAGACCAUAAAACUGUAAAUGGAAAGUGAUGGUUUUUUAAAAAGCAUAGCCUAGCUAUGCUUUCAGUGUUCUUUAUACGUUGACUUUUAGAAGCCUAAAACUGUGUGGCACAGUGAUAGAACUGCAAUCAGCAGCAUCCUUUGAAAUAAUUUGGUCAUAGCAGGAUACUGCUCAGGUUUGGUAAAUACAUUUUACCAGACAAAAUACAUUUUUCACUCUGUGGAGUGAUUUUGAUAAAUUUAGAGAUUUUAGUUCUCUUUUGUUGCCACUCCUGAAGUGUCAACUGUAUAUCCUAAUUCAUUGAUAUUAAAAGGCAAUGAUUAACAGAAGCAGAAAAUCACCUGGGAUUCAAAUAUAGGUUGUCAUUUGGAUAAUUUCUAUUGGUCAUAUUAUGCUUUUAAGCUUCUCCAAAGAAACUCUUACAUUUCUGUAUUCAUGCUGUUGUUAGUAUACUUUCAUAAUGUCUGAGUAAAAGAAAUGGCAGCUGUAUCAUUCUACAUUAUCUGUCUGUAAUAGAAAUUGUCUUGAUUGCUGUUUCUGCCAAUGAUGAUUGUAUUUUUGAAUUGUGGAACAAAUGCAUACAACUAUACCAGAUAGGACAUUAUUACUUUGAUUGUUUUGAUGUUUUCUAAUAACUCCAUAAUUUGGAUUUAUUAAAAUCCUCUGGGGUGAUUUCUGAAACAUUCUGGGGUUACCUACCUAGACUAUAGAUACUUCAUAAUAAGUAAAAAAAAGUGCAGAAGAACACAGGGAGUUUUAUUUAUCCUUUAAAUUUAGAGAAGGAAGAAUUCAUGUGGACUUUUUGGCUUUUGGGGGUGGGGGGGUAAAAAAAGUUGAGUUACUUGUUUUUUAUUCCCUUCCUGCCCAGUUACAUUGUCUAUAUUGUCAUAAAAUUGAAUAAAUCCAUAAACAACAGGAUUUGCUUCAGGGUGCUGGAGUAGUUGCUAAAAAUACCAGCCCUGGCCAUAUGAUGAAAAAGUUACAUGUGAAAAGUUACAUCUUGUUCAAUGGUGAUGGUGGUGGAUAGCUACCACAGGAAAUUAUUCAGCAACUGUUUGAAGUUACAAUGUGUUCUGACCCAGCUCUCCAAACAAGACAAACCCUCUGAAGUUAAUGCAAAGAUUCCUUUAUUAGGCGCGCCAACAGCCCUGGCAAAAAGUUUCUCUCUCAACGCAGGCUAAUAAGUCGGUCCGGUUGGAAGAUGAAUAGUUGUCUGCCACAUCUAUUCAUCUCCGCCAUCUGCCUUUUAUCCCCAGAGCUAGGGUGGGGCUUCGCUAGCAGCGGUGGCUCUUCCUUCCCAAGGAUUGGCCCACGGAUUUCCACUGCUCUCCUGUUCUCUGCCUUUUGCUCAUCCUCUCGUCAGGUACUGGACCCAGCUGUUCCUCCUCUUCCUCAUCAGUCACCUCCAGACCUGGGGGCUGUUGACUCUCCAUCUGAGGGCUGAUGGACAGCCCAGUCUCCGCCUCUCUCUCUCUCUGCCAGCUCCAUUCCCUCUUCCCCCUUGGAGCUCUCAAGUUGCCUUGAUGCUGACCCUGACUCCCAUGCUGCCUCCUCCUCUGAUUUGGCUGCUGGAGGGGCCAGUGCCCGACAAGCCGCAACACAAUGGCCCUGAGCGAAUGGUGUUUAUGAUAGAUCCUUGAAGUCCUGGCCACCCCAGCACCCCAUGAUCAUGUGAUUAUGGUCUCGCUGCUUGGCAACUGGCUUGCGCUUAUAGUAGUUGUAGCAUCUCACGUUCAUGUGAUCAUCAUUUGCAGCCUUCUUUGACGCCUUCCCACAAGCAAAAUUAAUGAGCAGGGAAGAUGCUUCUAUAAAUUGCUCACCCUCCUGUAGCUUUUUUUUCCUGGAGGAGCCUGAGCACGCUCCUCUAUCUCAUAGCAGUCACUCAGAGCCCCACUACUGUUGCACACUGCCUUGCAGCCACCCCUGGUCCCACCACGUUCAUGCAGCAUCCACUUAUCUCCCCACUGGCUUGCUUGCGAGCUGCCUGGGACUUGCAAUUUCCUGCUGGCUUCCCUAUGGACUUUGCUUAUUGGAAGCUGGUAGGAAAUCAUGAGGAAAUCUUUGCUUAAUGAUCCUCGAUCCUCACUUAAUUACAGCAACAGGGAACAUUGGGGUUACUGUUGCCAAGUGAUGUGGUCAUAUAAUGUUGCACUUAAUGACUGCCUUGUUUAGCAAGGGAAAUUCUGGUCCCAAUUAACAUCAUUAAGCAAAGAUUACCUGUAUUUAUAUGUAGUUGUAUCACAUGUGAGUAAUUUUCAGUUAAGAGUUUUCCUACCAAAAAAAUUUAAUAUGUGUGAAGUCCAUAUUUAUAAACCUGUGUAGAGUGGGACAUUUCAGGUGGCAGCAACUAAUUGACCUUGACUGAUCUUGAAAAAGCUGGUCCAGUACUGGACAGGAGGUAAUGAAAAGUCCCCAACUGUAACCUGGGGUGGGAAGCUGAAAAUAUCCCAAAAGGCAGCAGGAAGGUACUGUAUUUCUACAUUAUUGCCAAAAAUUUUGUGGACUUGUCUAUGGAAUCAGAAAUUGAGCUCAAUUCAAUGGAAUCUUUAUCACUUUUUCUGCCAAGCUUGUAAUAUUUUAUCGUCCAGUGCUAUUUUUGCCUUAUCAGAUUUUAUUGUAAUACUUGGAGUAUUAUGGUUCUCAAAGUAUGAGGAUAAAAACUGGCAAACAGUUGAAAAAUUCAGAAAAACACUAAUUACCCAUUUUUGGUUAAAGCCAUAAUAUUCAUUGUUAUGACACUGCAUUGUGGUUUUUGCGACAAAUUCUACUACAGAAGUUAAUCUUAUGAAAGCAUCCAACAAACUUUAAGUGAUAUCUUGGUGUAGUAAGUUUUGUUGGCAUCCAGAGAGCAUCUUGAUUUAUAAAGGUCAGUCUUCCCUUCAACUAUUCAUAUAACCAACAUAAUUUUAAUUAUUAUUUAAAAUAUAACUAAAAUUAUAUGUACUUCAGCCCUUCAUGUUUCUUAUCUUGAUAACUGUGGAGGCUGAUACAGUAACUAUAAAACCUCAUUUAUGUAAAGGGUAUUGUUAAUGGAUGAAUUAAGACACUUUCCUUGUUUGAGAAUUGCUCUGUGAACGCGCACACACACACACACACACACACACACACACACACACACACACACAGAAUUAUGCCAUACUAAUACAGUCCAUUAUUUUUGAGGAUAUAUGUUUUUUGCAUCAAUAUAAUUACAUUACGGUACAGUGUUUUAAAGAGGUUUCCUUCUCAAAAGAAAAAUAGCAGGAAAGCUAAAUAAAAAUAUCUUGAUAGGAAAAAAUAUUUUAACCAAACUGUAAAACUAUUUUAAACAAAUAAAUAUAUUUGAUAAUUUUAAA